AUGGGCCAGAACCUCACUCUAAGCUUAAAUGAAUUUGCAGACCUAACCAAUGUGGAGUUUCGGGAAAUUCGUAAUGGUUACACGAAACGAUCCCCCAAAUUGAUCGUGUCCAAUUCCAUGAAAGCUACAAGUUUUAGAUAUGGAAAUGUCACUGAUGCGCCACCUUCUGUGGAUUGGAGAGAAAAGGGUGCAGUGACGCCUAUCAAGGACCAAGGCAAAUGUGGAUGUUGUUGGGAGUUCUCAGCUGUGGCAGCCACAGAAGGGGUUAACCAGCUCAGAACCGGAAACUUAAUCCCACUAUCAGACCAAGAGCUUGUGGAUUGUGACACUGCUGGUCAAGAUCAUGGUUGUGAAGGUGAUCUAAUGGAUGACGCUUUCCAAUUCAUCCAACACAACAAAGGCCUGACAACUGAAGCUAAUUACCCCUACUAG